UUCCAUAUUAGGAGUUUCAGUCUUCAAUGGCUCACUUUCAAUUACCAAUCUUUCUGCUUAUAACGCAAUCUCUUUCUCUCCCCAAUUCCGGCUUUGAAUCCAAGCAAUUCGGCGACAAUUCCCUUUGAAGAUUUAAUUUGAUCUCUUGAUCUUGUGUUUUCUCACGCCGGGAAGCCCAUGAUCGGAGAUUGCCCAAAUGAUCGAUGACCUAUCAGAGGACCAACCGAGAUAAUAUGCAGAAUUCAUCUCUCACAAGAUGCCGCAAGCUUCUAUGGUUCGUCGCCUUCGCCGUGUUUGUCUUGUGGUACUCGUUGAUCUACGUCCACGAUUGGUCUUCUCUUGACGGAGUCUCCCCAUUAAUCCAAAACUACGCCGAUUCCGUUGACCCCCCCGAUUCCAGCAAUGAAAUCGACGAAGCAACCACGAAUCCAACCGAACCAUUGGUGAUUGAGAAGGCAACAAUUCAGAUCAUUGAUCAAAUAGCGUCUUCAUCGGAUAAUAGCACCGAGAAUCAGAGCAAACCAGAUACCAAAAACAGAGAACUGGAAACAUUAUGCUCCAGUCGAUACGUUUAUAUCCACGAAAUUCCCAAAAGAUUCAACGACGACUUGGUUGAGAAUUGCCGGUCACUCAGCGACUGGACCAAUAUGUGCCGGUACAUGGACAACAAUGGCCUCGGCGAGAGGCUUCCAAGGGACAAGGUUUUUUCCGGCACCGGCUGGUUCGCCACGAACCAAUUUUCCCUGGAAAUCAUCUUCCACAACAGAAUGAAACAGUACAAAUGCUUAACCAGGAAUUCCUCAAUGGCUUCUGCCAUCUUCGUGCCGUAUUACGCCGGCCUCGAUGUUAAUCGAUAUCUAUGGGGCUCUGGCAUUUCGUUACGAGAUUCUGGCGCUCUUGAUUUGUACAAGUGGCUGAGAGAACAACCGGAAUGGGAAUUUAUGUCGGGAAGAGAUCAUUUCUUGGUUGCUGGGAGAAUUACUUGGGAUUUCAGACGAGGCGUGGAUGAAGAUUCUGCAUGGGGAAACAAAUUGAUGUUGUUGCCAGAAUCGAAGAACAUAACGAUGCUGACGAUCGAGUCCAGCCCUUGGAACGGCAACGAUUUCGCGAUCCCGUAUCCGACGUAUUUCCACCCCUCGAGCGACGGCGAGGUGUUGCAGUGGCAGAAUCGGAUGCGGCGGCUAAGGCGGCGGUUCCUGUUCUCCUUCGCCGGGGCUCCGAGGCCGGACAUGGAGGACUCCAUUAGAUCCGAGAUCAUGGCGCAGUGCCAAGCGUCGAGGCGCAGGUGCAAGCUUCUGGAAUGCCGAAGCGCCGGCAACAAGUGCAUGAAACCGGCGUAUUUGAUGCGGCUGUUUCUGAGCUCCGUGUUCUGCUUGCAGCCUUCCGGCGACUCGUUCACCCGGCGGUCGACGUUCGAUUCGAUCGUCGCCGGCUGCAUUCCGGUGUUCUUCCACCCGGCGUCGGCUUAUACUCAGUAUAUGUGGCAUCUGCCGAGGAAUUUCCGGAAGUACUCGGUUCUGAUUCCGGAGAACGAGGUGAAGGCCGGGAAGGUGAGCAUUGAGAGAGAGUUGCGGAAGAUGCCGGCGGCGAAGGUAGCGGCGAUGAGGGAGGAGGUGAUAAAACUGAUUCCAAAGGUGGUGUAUGCGGAUCCGAGUUUCAGUUCCAGAUUGGAGAGAGUUGAGGAUGCGUUUGAUCUUACGGUGAAGGGAGUUCUUGAGAGAGUGGAGAAAUUGAGGGGGGAAGCCAUGGGGGGGGGGGAAUGGUGGUGGUCUGAAGCUGAAGAGCUCAGUUGGAAGAAGAGCUUCUUCGGGAGGUUAGAUAACAGUGAAUGGGACCAUUUCUUCGAAAGAAAAGCCAAAGAUAGAUAUUAGUACUUAGACGCUAGAUAAGACAGCCUUUUAGGCAUAACCUUACGAGUCCCGUGAAUAUUACACGCAUUACAUUAGACACACAUGCGCAUUCUAAUAGGCUGUUUCGCUUACCCUUUUUAUUGUAGCUUUUAAUUUAAUUAAUUAUUAGCAUAAAAA